AUGCGUUGGGCCAAACACAUCGCAAUCAUGCUUUCCAUAUUCAGUCACGCGGGCUCGCUGCAGCUGAACGCUGACGACAAGAGCGGCGAUGCCGACGGCAAGGGGGCCGAGCGGACCAACGCCUCUACUUUUCCAUUAAUCUCCCCAGUGAUCUACCCCUUCGAUCCGAAUAAUCUCGAAGAUCGCUACAUACUACCAGCCCAGCAGAACAUCGUAGACCUGGGCUACGGAGGAAGCUGUGAGCGCGGGUGGUACGACGUCCAGGGGCAGGGCAUCUGCAACGACUAUUGCAGGUGGGUUGGAAAUUGUGGAUGUGGAGGCAGCUGCUCAAGGUUCGACUGCGCGCUCGCAGGGUCGAGCAGCAUCUACACGGGAAACGACUAUGGGUGGGCGAGAGGGAGCCAAUGCCCGCAUCAGGGUGCUGAGACGAGAGUGCUUACCGUGACUGGGCAAGUCGGUCCAAGCAGCGCUAUGUUGUCCCAGUACAAUAAUGUCCGUGCAGUCCUGCACCGAAGCGAUUUCACUUUGUGGAUUUUCGCUGUCUACCAUGGGGGCUACACCAAGAUGGUUGGUGUAACCAUAGUGAACGGAGUUGAAACAGGUUCGCGAUCUGCCCGAUAUGUGUCAGGGUAUCACAGCCUGACGCGUGCAUCAAUCAGCAGUCUCUGGGACAGUGGUACUACAAUGGCAUAUUCAUGUGGAGAAGGAUACUGCCUCCACUACGUGCACAUUGACCCGUCGGCAGCAUGGACGCUCACGCAAGCCGUGCGAGUGGGCAACACGAUCCGAAAAAUAUCCAGUGGGUCGGCGUACGAUGCCUCGGCGAGUGCGCACGGCAUUGUAAGCGUAAGCAUCCAGGCUGAAGAGACAUGGGCACACAAACGGGUUGGUCUCACCGCUGAUCUGACAGACAAUUCGAAAUACCCGAAUGGAGCAUAUAUAGGCCUUUUCCCAGCAGGGCGAGUCUACAUACCUGGUAGAGCCGACAGCACAUACACGACGCAUGAUGUGUUCAGGUUUCAGUGGGAGGCGAACAUGAUUGUCGUGUACAAAAACGGUGUGAGGCUCCAUUCUUGGUCGGUGGCAAGCCCCCCAAGGGGUGUGCUGUUGUAUUUCUACGAGUACGGCGCGUCAUUGCAGGUGUUUACUUCGCCGGUGUCCCUUUGGCAGCCAGACAACACGUGGUACGUCGUCGACGGCUCAACGGUGACAAGGAGUGCGGCUUCAUCAUGGCUCUGGAGGACCAUAGCGUUUGGCCCAUGGAUAGAGUCAGGGACUUACACGGCAUCGUUUGCAUAUGUCGCGUCGUCCCAUGGCUGUACUCAAUCGCCAGGCUGCAGUGUAGCAUUCGGUGUCGUAUUCGAAGGGUACGAUCUUGGACAGAGCGGAUGCUACCACAGCAGCGUUGAUGGGUACAAUUGCCAAUCUGGUCGAGGUCUCCAACUUCUAGGCAACAAGUGGGGUCAAAGUAGUUGGCAGGGUUGUUCAAAUCACGGUAUUCAAGUUGGUGAUGUGAUCCGUGUGCAGAUCGACAUGUCCCUCGCAACAAUGACCGUUGCCGUCAACGGUGUAAAUUGCCCACCGUUCCAAUCACUUCCAAGUCAAGUUCGACUAGCGGUAUCCACAGAAAGGGAUGGAGACAUUGUCGCUGCAUUGCUGACAUCAUCGAUCUCCACGACGCCCAGCCCCACGGCCAGCCCUACGGCCAGCCCGACGGCCAGCCCGUCGGCCAGUCCGACGGCCAGCCCGACGGCCAGCCCCACGGCCAGCCCUACGGCCAGCCCGACGGCCAGCCCCACGGCCAACCCAACGCCAAGCCCCACGCCCAACCCGACGCCCAGCCCCACGCCCACUCCGACGCCCAGCCCCACGCCCAACCCGACGCGCUACCCGACGCCCUACCCGACGCCCAACCCGACGCGCUACCCGACGCCCUACCCGACGCCCUACCCGACGCCCAACCCGACGCGCUACCCGACGCCCUACCCGACGCCCUACCCGACGCGCUACCCGACGCCCUACCCGACGCCCUACCCGACGCCCAACCCGACGCGCUACCCGACGCCCUACCCGACGCCCAAACCAACUGCCAGCCCGACAGCCAGCCCAACGGCAAGCCCAACUGCCAGCCCGACGGCCAGCCCGACGGCCAUUCCGACGGCCAGCCCGACCCCCGCCCCGACGGCCCCCCCAGCGGUGUACGGUGAGCUCUCUGCAACGGUGCUCGACCCAGAAGAGUUUGUGGCAAAUUGUACAAAUAACCCGGAUAUUCAAGCAUCGAUUGCGACCUACCUCGAUGGUGAACUUGGUAGCACCGUCGACCCUCAGGCCAUCAAUGUGUUCUGCAAAUUGGUUGAUGGCAACGUCACCCUUGGGUACGAGGUCGAAGCCAGCUCGUUUGACGAUACUCUUCAAGAUAUAGGAGCAGCUCUAGCAGGCAUUGUAGCGGGGGGUGUUGGGGCUGCGCUGUUGUCGCUUAGCGGUGCGAUGUUUGCAGGUGCAGCACCUGCGCUUGGGGGACUUGGAAGCCUGUUUGGCCAAUUCUUUCAGGGGAAUAGUCCUCCUGCUCCAAGCCCCCCCUCUUAUGCGCCGCGACGGAGACGUUCGACGCCGAGACGGAGACGUUCGACGCCGAGCCCCACGGCCAGCCCAACUGCCAGUCCGACGCGCAACCCAACGCGCAGUCCGACGGCUAGCCCGACGGCCACCCGACGGCCAGCCCGACAGCCAGCCCAACUGCUGGCCCGACGCCAAGCCCGACGGUCUGCACAACGGUUCAAGGUGGUUUUGCCCUCACCGUCCCCGACCCCGAAGAAUUUGCAGAGAAUUGUUCCAACGGUACAGACGUGCGAGUUGCUCUAG